GCUUGGAUGAGAUGGCCUAUUCACAUUUGACCGCCUAUAACGCCGCGAGCUCCUCACCACUCCCACCUGCCUCCCUCCCUCCUGCCAGUCUGACUCCUUCCCUCUUCACUUCACGUUUCAGUCGUUCCUGCUGAAACACCGCCUCAAUCAGCCCACGUCAUUGCUAAGAGCUCGGCGGAACUCGAGCUGAAAAAAGUUGGACUGACGGAGCAAACACCACCUUCCACCGCCAUACACACCAAGACACCAACGACACCAUGGGCGACUCUCUCGUACACCAGGAAUAUGGCCGCACGCGUGUGCAAUGGCUCGCCUCCCUCAAUACCGAAUACCACCCACCAAAGCAGUUUCGACGCACCUCGAUCAUCUGCACCAUCGGUCCCAAGACCAACUCCCCAGAGAAGAUCAACAUGCUCCGCACCGCCGGUCUGCAGGUUGUCCGCAUGAACUUCUCCCACGGCAGCUACGAGUACCACCAAACCGUUAUCGACAAUGCCCGCAAGGCUGAGGCCACGCAAGAAGGACGUCCAGUCGCCAUUGCUCUUGACACCAAGGGCCCAGAGAUCCGAACAGGCAACACGCCCAACGACGAAGACAUCCCCAUUUCCGCCGGCUCCGAGAUCAACAUCACCACCGACGACAAGUAUGCCACGGCAUCGGACAACAAGAACAUGUAUGUCGAUUACAAGAACAUCACAAAGGUGAUCGAGAAGGGUCGUACAAUCUUCGUUGACGAUGGUGUCCUCGCAUUCGAGGUGCUCGAGGUUACCGACGACAAGAACUUGAAGUGCAGAGCCGUCAACAAUGGCAAGAUCAGCAGCAAGAAGGGUGUCAACCUGCCAAAGACGGAUGUCGAUCUUCCAGCUCUCAGCGAGAAGGACAAGGCCGAUCUCAAGUUCGGUGUCAAGAACAACGUCGACAUGGUCUUUGCUUCCUUCAUCCGCCGUGCUGAGGACAUUGCUGCCAUUCGUGAGGUGCUUGGUGAGGAGGGUAAGGACAUCCAGAUCAUCGCCAAAAUCGAGAACCAGCAGGGUGUCAACAACUUCGACGAGAUCCUCAAGGUCACCGACGGUGUCAUGGUGGCCCGUGGUGACUUGGGUAUUGAGAUCCCACCUGCCCAGGUCUUCAUCGCCCAGAAGAUGAUGAUCACCAAGUGCAACAUUGCUGGCAAGCCAGUUAUCUGUGCUACGCAAAUGUUGGAGAGCAUGACCUACAACCCACGUCCGACUCGUGCCGAGGUCAGUGAUGUUGGCAACGCCGUGCUCGACGGAGCCGACUGUGUCAUGUUGUCUGGCGAAACUGCCAAGGGCAACUACCCUCGCGAGGCUGUCACCAUGAUGCACGAGACUUGCUUGCUCGCGGAGAUUGCCAUUCCUUACCUGAAUGCAUUCGACGAGUUGAAGCAGUUGGCAGCACGACCAGUGCCAACGACCGAGAACUGCGCCAUGGCUGCCGUGGCUGCUUCUCUCGAGCAGAAUGCGGGCGCUAUUCUCGUUCUGACCACAUCCGGCAACACUGCCCGUCUCAUCUCCAAAUACCGACCAGUCUGCCCCAUCAUCAUGGUCACACGAAACGCGCGCGCCUCUCGCUACUCCCACUUGUACCGUGGCGUCUACCCAUUCCACUACGAUGUGGAGAAGCCAGACUUCAAGACUACGCCAUGGCAAGAGGACGUUGACGCACGUCUCAAGUGGGGCAUUAACAACGCCAUCAAGUUGGGUGUCCUCAACAAGGGCGAUGCAGUCAUUUGUGUGCAAGGCUGGAGAGGUGGAAUGGGUCACACCAACACUCUUCGUGUGGUCCCAGCUCAAGAGGAUUUGGGUCUUGACCAGAAUGCUUAGGGAGCGAACGUCGACCCAUAUCUCAAGUCAGAGAUGCCAUCUCCUUUAGCCGGCACGCCGCUGGCCACUCCACGAAGCAAGCUCAGCGGUUUCCCAUUUCCCACGAUUCCUCAGGUGAUUUUCCACGCUGCCCCGGCGGCUUAGAAGAACUUGAUCAAGAGAUGAAGACAGAUGAAGAAGAGCACAAAGACACGUUUACAGCAGAUGAUGGGGAUGACAUGAUUAUAGAGGACACGACCGGGCAUUAUGGACGGAGUUCCGAACCGAUUCGUGGGUACCUUGCCGCCAGUCGCUGUCGAUUAGCAAAUGCUUGGGAGUUGAAGGAAAAUAUGAUACCAAUGGUG